CGAGGCAGCGAAGCUGGUGGACGCUCGAACUGCGGUCGGAGUCUAGGGGUGUGCGAAGGGGAGGCCGGCAUGCAGCGCAACAACCCAAAUCAACCAGGCUCUGCCGGCGGGUCGCGUAUGCCACCGCCCAUGCAAUGGCAGGGCGCUCCUCUGAGGCCGCCUGGGCAGCCGGCACCGCAGCAAGGCCCGGCCUUCGGUCCGCAGUCGGGGCAGACGUGGACGGACCCCAACAACCCUGGAGUGCUCUACUACGAGGGCUUUGAAGCCGGGGCCCGGUUCAGCGACGUGGCACCCCCUCGGAUCCCGCCUCCGCCUCCUGGAUGUCCCCCAAAUCCCGCCCAGCAGGCCCAGAUGGCGGGUCAGAACGUCGUGGUGACACAGCGCAAGGAGGGCUUCCUCCAGGGGGGCGGCAGCGGCGGUGUGGACACCAGCUGCAGCCUCCAGUGACCGAAGCGUGCACAGCUGCCUCCUCGACCAAAUCUUCGCCGAAAUGGACUGCCGCCAAGGGCGCCUGUCUGUGGUUACGGCCACAGACUAACCGCCGUGUGUUGUUGCCAUUCUGCGGUGAACGGUGAAAUCGCGCUUAAAAGGACUUCCGGAAGGACAACUGCCCAUGGUCACAACCAUGGUCAAAACGCCGGGUGUUCUUGUCGUUCAACUUCAAAUGGUCAAAUCUUGCUGAAAAAGGACACCUGUCUUUGGUUACGACCAUGAACUUGCUAAUGGAGGUUGUUGAUGUUCAGCGGCAAAUGGUCAAACUUUGCCGAAAAGGACUUCGCAAGGACGUGCGCCUGUAGUUACGGUCACGGACUAAUAGCCGGGCGUUGUUAUUUGGCGAUGAACGGACAAAUCUUGCUGGAAAGGACAUCUGCCAAGGACAUCUCCCUAUGGUUACAACCAUGGAUUAAUGACGGCUGUUGGUGACGUUUACUGUAGCAAACAGUCCCUCUGAACAUGGCUCACAACGUAAGAUCUAUCUAAAUCUAGAUGAGAAAUCUCCCUGCCGAAUGUAUCUAUCUGUAGUCAGAAUUGCAGAACAAACUUUGGACUUUU